GGCGCUAUAUAAAUCAAGCUGAUAAGAUGAUUUGUUGGAUUUUGGGGGUGGAAACUCUAUUCUUGUAUUUGGAGGGACCACCUGGUGGACGUCUCACAUCAUUUUAUGUAGGUAGGUAGGACAACUCGACAAGGUAGGACAAGUGAGUUUAGAUUUGGUUUUGCGGCGGGUUUUGUUUGUGGAUAGGUAACUUUAUUGAAGUCAUUUAUGUUUGUGUGUUUCUUAAUGAUCUACAGUUUCAUACUCUCCGUACAUGCCGCUUUCAUGAUCGUCUUUCUCAUCUUUCGUCGACUCCAGUCACCUUGAAAUAAAUCCUGCGAUUUUCUGUUCGUUCUCUUUUGAUCGACUUGUCUUCCAGUUCUACUUACAAGCAGCAUCGUCUCGCACCAUGUCUAAAAGGACUGUCUUUACAACAGUGACGCCGUUACCAACGGGCAUCACACGAGAAACAGUGAUGGAGACUUUGCGCUCGCACACCGAAAUGAUAGAUUUGAAUCCUCUAGUAGAAGAGCGGCAUCCGAUCAAACCCCCGCAAAAUGCUACCGCAGAGGAAUAUCAUUGCUUAUGGUACUCUUUAACUGAUCGAGUACAAUACCUUCCUGGAGGACUGAUGUCUGGCAAAGUCUCCUAUACCUGCUGCUUUCAUGAUCUCGAGUACGGCUUGCAAACACAUUGCUAUGCGCCUAUGGGAUUAAAUAUAAGAGGAAAGUGGACUCUUGGUGGAUCAUUACCAGGGGAGCCUGUUGCACCGGUUGAAAUGGGAGCUGGUGUACCUCUCGAUGGGCUUUGGCUGAGAGAAGAUGUGGAUAUGAAAUGCAACAUCAUGAUGACAAGUUUUGUCAAGAAGACUAUAAAAAAAUCACACUCCGCGUUAGUUGAGCGUCUAGUGGUCAAAGCCCAGAUGUUAGAUCGCUCUAUCAGAAAUUCUCGACUGAAUGAGGAGACACUUAGUAUGCCGGAACUCACCAUAUCAAGACCCUCUUCAUCGCAGACGCCAUCGUCCCGGGCACCAACUGCAUAUUCUCCUACCAGUGACUAUGACAAUGAUAGUGCGUACGCAGAGCCAGAAGUUGAUUCACCACAAUACACUACAUAUGCUAUGCAAAACACGCAGGGUUCACAAACACCAAAAACCUAUCCAUCAACAACCUUACAGAACCCGCAAUCACAGAUCUCGCAAGUACCUCCAGCCCUACGAGCUGGGCCACCUCAAAAUCAAACAAAACCCCAAUGUAACGAAAAUUCAACCUAUUCCAAAUACGAUCCUUCAGCCUAUCCCCGAGCUCUUAAUGUUCGCCGAGAAAGUGCACCAUCCUGGAAUGAUUCUGUACACGGCUCAGAAAUUCCAACUGGUCGCAUGUCUUACCAAAGUCCUGCUGGUAACGUCCGUAAUGAGGGUAACAGGGCAAGGGUGGCAUCGUGGCAAAAUGCAGCUGGAAGCAAUAUGUGGAAUACGUACCGGCCACUAAACGCAGGAACUCAGAAAGUCCCAGCUCAUUACCGCAGUGCUUCUUCCCAGUUGGAACAUAGGACUUCACCUCCUGUGCACGAAAGGAGGGACGAUUCUGGGAAGCAGAAUACGGGGAAUAGGGUGGUUUCGCAGUUACCAGCUUAUCAUGCCGAGCUGGAAGGAUAAUCGAGUUAAGGGGUAAUGUGAUGAAUAUUAAUGAGAGGUGAAUAUCAUGCAGAGAGGCUGAGGCAUAUAUGAUAUGAUAUUGAGGCGGUCGUCUCGGCUACUUGGUCUUCGGUGUAAAAGUGCGGAUUGAUAUGAUACCCAAGAGAGCUUAUGGAGGUUAUGAUUGAAUGGGAGGAGGAAAGGGAAGGGAAGGAAAGGAUAGUUCGAAGUGAAGGAAUUAUAGCAUUAUGGAGUGUAUAGAGGCAGUAAUUGAUAU